UACUUCAUUGGUCAAGAGCUGAGACUUAGUCAGUUUAAUAUUGUUAGAAAGAGUCUGUCACUUUUAAAGCCACAAGUGCAUUGUUAUUGUCAGACUCAAAACUAAUUUGGCUACUAAGAUAUACCGAGGACAAAUUAAGUUUAUCAUUCUCUGUGCAACAACAAAUCUGGCUUAUAUUCUCAAAGAAUAGCACAAGAUGGACAAAAGGACUGUCUACUUCGUAUUCUAUGUUUUUCUCCUAACCAUGACAACUCCGGCGCUGUGUUUGAAGCAACAGCUUGAAAAGGAACUAUUGACAAAGGAAGAACAGCCAAGUGUUAAACUCGCCAGGCAAAGCCGUCAAGCUCAAAUAGCACUGCCAAUCGCGGCGUAUGCAGGCAUGGCCGUGGCACCAUACGUGUUUGUAGCUUUAGUGGCGGCCUACGGCAUACAUGUGGUUAGGCAGUAUAAUAUCAGGAAAAAAUCUGGCUGGAGCAUCCCAUGCGCAAAUAACAGGGGUUGGUGUAGACCUACAUGCCGUUUUUAUGAGUACAUCGAUAGAUACCAUAGUGACAUCUGCGGAGGAAACUCUUGUUGCAGGUCAAGGAUUCGUUAAAACAAUUGUUAUAAACUCUACAAAAACAAUUUAAC